UUGUGUCAAAUUGUAGAAAAAAAAUUGACAUUGGAAAAUUUUUAAAAUAAAAAAAAAAAAAGUUUGAAUUUAUUGUCAAAAAAAAUUUCAUUAUCAAAAAUGUAUGUUUGACAUUUGAAUAAUAGUUGUCAAAAAAUAAAUAUGAUUGACAUAAUGGUUGUCAAAGAAAAAAUAAAAAUCUUGGAUGUGUUAAUUUAAUUUUGUAAAACUGAAAAAAUUCAAUUGUCAAAAAAAUUCCAAUUAUCAAGUGUUGUAAAUACGAUUUUGUCACGACCAAUGACUGUCAAAAAUUAUGACACUUAGGUAUUCAACAAUUUCCAAAUGUCAAGUCCGUCCCUGUUUCAUUACACAUACAAAAGAUAAGGCCUAUUUUUCAAACAUUUAUUCAAAUAUUAGAGGGUAAAAGGUAAAGGAAUCAUUAAAAAGUCAGUCACGUUUGUAUAGUCGCGUGUGUUACACCUGUUCUAGGUAAAUAACAAGUGCUUAUUGUCAAGACAGGUGAACGGACUUUUAUGUGCGUGUGAACUUCUAUUUUUAUAAACAAGGGUUGAAAAAUCUUUUAGAUUAUACAUCUAUCUAUAGGGUGUUUUUGGACAGAUGUCGGUGCAAUUUUUUUUUGAUCCUCUGUGUAUAUUAUACAGUAAUACCAACCUAAUAAAAUGUUGAGACGAAAAUCCUGUGAAGCGAAAAUCAAAUUCGGAAGGAAAAUGGAAAUGGGAAAUUAUUGCCCCAAGGGCUUGGAAUCGGAUUUAAAAAAUAAUUCGUUAGGGCGUCUGGAGAUUUCCCCUAAUGAAACUCGACGAGUUUCCAAAUCUAGAAUACCUGUACUUAUCAUCAAAGGACGGAAGUAUAAAAAUAAACAGAUUGUUGCUGAUCCCAAAGAAAUCGUUGACAAAAACAAAGAAAGCGAACAGAAAUCGAGUGAUGAAUCGGUGAAAGUCGAUAUCGAUAAAAGUGAAAACCCGUCAAACGACGAUAAUUCGCAUCUGUGCAAUAAUAAUUACUGUUUGCCGGAGGCUGUUGAUGCCGAUGUUGAAGAUUCGUCGUCCCACGUUGCCGACGGCGAACCGUGCGCCUCUCCAUCGAUCGACGUCGCGGGAACGACGCCGCGGCAGGAGCCAGCAGGAGUCAGUUGUGAGCCCGCUACCGACGGGCGUCUUGUCCCGCAGGAUAAUCCACCAGCUGCUGCUGCUGCUGACAAUUCAGCACCGACCGAUAACGGGUUGAGUUGGGGUUUCAAAGAUGGUCGUUUAGUGUUUAUCGAACCACCUGUGACAUCAUCAAAAAUUGUUGAGGAUAAUCACCAAUACAAUUUGACAACUUAUAGUGAUUGUGGUGUCAAUUCCAAGUUGGUUGAUUAUAGUGAUUUUCAAAACGGGACUAAAGAAGAUUUGAUUCCGGGCGAUUGUGACGAUUUUUGCGAGUUUAACGUGAACGAUUUUGAAGUUUACGACGAGUUUAGUGAUAGUGAGUCUUCAUGCGAGUGUGAAGAUGAUAAUGACGAUCAGCAUUUUAUUGUUAUAAGACGUCUGCGCGGUGACGGUAAAUCGUCGACGAUGGUCAACAACGACUCAGACCACCAGCGCAGCGGUAAACUUCACAACCCUGACCGCGACAACCUCAAGUCGCUGCUGAAAAAACCGAACCGCAACAAAAAAACCGCCAAUCGCCGCGUCAUUUUUAACGAGAACAAAAACGAAUUCUUCGAUGCCGACUAUAUCAUCCUUAUACGGGAAGAUUGCGAGUUGGACGAGGAUGACGAUGAAGGAGUGUGCACGUGCCAGCAGCACGAAAUGGUACGACUCGCGUGCUGCGAGCCGAAUUGUAACUGUCGGUACGACGAGCCGACGCCGCAAAGUCCCAAGUUUGCGCCGCCCAUGGAAUUUGUUGACGCUGUCACUUUGAGCCCGCCCGAAGGGUACAAAGAUAUGGAGUUGAUGGCUAGAAGUGGUGGGGGUGGUGCGAGGGUGGCGCCCCCCGUGUGCAAAGAGUGUAGCGUUACGCACGAUGAAACCAUGGAAGAUGAUGGUGAAGUGUCGCAAUCUGACAGCGAAAUGGAGCGGCAACAGGAAAAAGAAAAGACUGAUCAGAGCCAACAGACUACGCCUACUACGCCUCCUUGUUCCGAAAAUCAAAACUACAACAUCCACCAGCCAGUGACGUCAUCUAGAGCGCCCCAAUUACCCACCGAAGACGACCUCAAACAAACAUCCAAUUUACCUCAAAACCAAGGCUCGCCAAUCAGCGGCAUCCUCAAAGGAGGCCGGCUCUGGAAACAGGAAACUAAAAAUUUCGAUUCAAAUAUCGUGUCGUCAGAUUCGAUGACGUCAGACGACGAAUCAAACAACAAGCGCUCAGUGCGGUUUAUCGAGUCGGAACGUGCAAUCUGCGAUGGUGCGCCCGAGAGCAGUCCAGAUGAGGAACUGCCCAAAGAGUCACCGAAACGCGAAACUUACAUCGGUGCUACGUCACCUGACGUCACGCCCCCCGAAAUGACGUUGACAUUUAAGCUAGGCAAUCACGUGCUGAUUUCUAAUAACAGCUUAAAACCGAACUCUGCUGUGCGGCAAUUGUUCCCUUGCACCAAAAAUCUAGGGGAAGAAGAGAAAAAUAAUCAACAGUAUCUGGUCACUUCGGAAUCGUUGCGUGCGUUCGAAGAAGCCAAACGCGCCAAACUGCCUCAGAUAAUCCAGAGUGGCGAAACUGAUGAUACGAUUAAACGAGCGAUUGAACGCAACACGCUGCGUCGAUCUUUGAUCCGGUACGAGCCGCGCAGCAAAAAGCAGCCGUACAAAAGCGACAAUUCACUGGUGGAACGGAUCAAGCAGUUGACUUGUGACGUCGACACCGGUGCUGCUAAUAGAACAGAUCAAAAUCAAGGUUCUUUGGAAUCGGGUGAAGUUGGCGAUGACGUUUUGGACAUUAGCAGAUCGAGUCCGCCAGGUGAAGAAGCACGAAAUUCACCAGAUGUCAACUCGUUAAGUGCCAACAAACCUCCGGACAAGAGUUUUUCGCCUUCGUCUUCCAGUACGACUUCGAGCAGUUCGAUGUCGGCCAAUCAAAAUUAUCAGCAGGCAAGGAAGUUGUCAGGUGCAAACGACCAUCAAACCCUAAUGGUGGACUUGAAACGGGCCGAAACGGUGCCGGAUAUUCAGAACAAUUACCGAAGGGAGAUGAAACCUUUGCCCGAUAUUGGCGGUCCGCAUAAUCACGAUCCAUCCGAACCGCUCCGAUCCAACCCGGAACUCGGCCAUUGCCCGAUCACCAAUAAAAUGUCAACUGCAUCAAACACUAGCGAAUCACGACGUCAGUUUUUGGCACCGUUGACAGCUUGCGUCACUAUGAGCGUGGCUCACACUGACGACUACUAUUAUCAACUGAGUAACAACCAGUACUACCCUGGCGAUCGGAUUUCGGUGGCAAGUUCAGGUACUGAGUACAGCUUGGAGGACAUUGAUGACGGACUACGGCACGAGGAUGAGGAACGCAAAAGAAUCGCACCGGAUGUACUUGUUGGGACGCCAUCUGCAUCCGAGUCCGGUGAUGAACUCGCAAUGUUUGUGCAACAAGAUGCCGGCAGAAUGGAGCGGAUCAAGAAAAAAUAUCAGCCAGUGGACAAUAAUAAAAAAUGCGACGACGAAGACGAUGAACAUGACGAUUACGGGUUCAAUAGGAGGCCCAAUGUGCGCGGCAUUAAACCUCGAUUCAGUACCACUACUGAAAUAUUGCAACAAAUUCAAAAUCAGCUACAACCGCCCGCACCGCCAUCUACACGGGUUGCCUGGCCUCCAUACUAUUCGGAAAACAAUCCAACUGACAAUAAACAACAACCGAAAACAUCUACUGGUAACUACGCAUACGUCACUGUAACCGACAAUGACGUAAAAACGCGCAUUUACCCGCCACAACAAUAUCGACCAACCUCAUUGCAACAAGAAGAGAGUAUGUAUCAGAACUGUGCCAAUCAAAGAUGCGUUUCUAGAGAAGUUUAUCAGAGACCAAAUUCCGAGGUUUAUUCUUCCGUAAUCAGAAUGGGCAACGAUUGCUACCAAUCGUUACCGGUGAACAGGCAACGUCACGAUCGCCCCCACUCGCCGCCGCCCAUGGACAUGUCAAAACAGUACCACCAAACCAUGGUCUAUAUCCCGUACAAUCACAUCGACGGGUACCAACCGGUCCAGUACUACCACAGCGAUUACGUAGCCCGAGUGUCCAAUCAAAAUCAGAUAAACAAACGCUACGUCGAACCUGUUUAUCAGUCAAGAGUUGCCGCGCAGGCGCACCAUCACCAUCUUGAAGAGCAUCAUUAUAAUCCCAAAGUAAAUAGGAUUCCUUAUAAUAAUGGACAAAUUCCAGUGGUGCAACAUGUAAUGGCAGGUGGCAGGAGUGAAUCACCGUUACCAGGUCAAUUCUCCACUGCGCGUUCGACGCAAACUCCUGCGGCAACGGUGGGUACUUGCGGCGCUUAUUACCCCGCACCGCCGCGUUACCGGCCGGUAUACCAACAACCGGGCGACCAAUCAAACUACGCCAAACUCACCAACCGACACAGUUUUCCUAGAUACCCGCCCGCUGACAGUAUUUCGUUGACAGAUAGCGACAGUCAGCACAGCGCUAGUGGGUCGCUGCAAAACGGCUACCGGCAAUCGGAUUUGACGUUGUACGCGUCCAAAGACUCGCCUACUAAGCCUCGGUUUAUAGAGCGUGGGGUGCCAGAGGGCGCUGCUAGCGUUUCACCACAAGACGUAUCCGGUGUGGUGACGUCGCCUCAAAAUCCAGAAGUGCCGACCAAUCAGAAGGCAAUGUUUUACGCCAUGAACGUCUGAAUUGGGAAUUUUCUAUUUGAGGUUUAAGGCUGUUUUUGUGAUGCACACAAGAGGAAAAUUUGUUGAAACAUUACAGUUGUCAUUUAUUGUCUCUCUUCUAAAGGGGUGCUGCAAUAUGUGUCUAACAAAGAAAGAAAUCUAUUGUAAAUAUCUCGUGUACCAAAAAAAAAUUAGUAAUUUACUUCUUGUAGGUUAUAAUAACCGUUAUUAUUGCACUUUUCUCAAUUUUAGCUCGCUAAUGGCGAAUUUUGAAAAGUGCGCCCUCUGUUGGCAGAAAGAUUGAUUGAUAAUACAUGUUUUAUUGAUAGUUAACGUUUAAAUAUUGAAAAAAUGCGUGUACUUACUUGAAAAACUGUUACAUUUAUUUGAAUUAUGUAUUACAAUAUUUUAGUGACGUCACGUUAUAAAACUGUCAUCAAAAUGACUUCUAUUUAUUAUGAUUAGGGCUAAUACUAUAACUUCACUUGUCAUAAUUUAUGUUUGACGUAUUGAUAUUACGAUUAUGACGUCACCAACAGUACACCUCUGUACUUUUUUUUAUUGUGUUUUGAUGUGCUUUUUUUUUACCAAAAAGUAGCUUCUUUUGGGUUUUUCUUCUUUUAAAUAAUAUAAAGUUGUUUAGGAAAAGUAAGUAGUUAUUGACAUUGUUGCCAAAUAAAUUUAAAAAAAUUGAAGAGAUUCCAAUAAUACCAAAGUAUUAAUAGGAUUAGGGUAAGAUUUAAGUGUUGAUUGACCAAAUAAUAAAAUUUAAAAAAAAAUAUAUAUUAAUUUUUGUUGAUCUGAUGUUUAUAGAUAAAUAUUUAUUUUUUUCUGUUAUUUGAUUGAAUCUCAAUAUAUUAUAUACACAGGGUGAUCUAAUUUUUUUUCUUCAAAUCAACAAUGUAUAUGUGAUUAUAUUGAAAUUAAUAAGUAGAGAAAAAUUACACAAUAUUUUAUUGUAGAAAUUAUAAUACAAUAUAUCAGUAUUUAUUGAAGAAAAAAUACAAAGUGAGAAUUUAGAAGAAAAAAAAAAACGGUCUAAAUGUAAUUUUUGUAUUAAAUAAAAUAAUAUAGAAAAAAUUAUAUACAGUAGUAGAAUAAUUGCAAGGGAUUUGUGAAUUGAUUUUAUUUUUGGGGAAUUUCAAAGGAUAUUGACAACACUGUUUAAGUUUAUUAUUAUUUAGUAUUUUGUACAAGUAGGCCAAAUAUUUAUUUGUAAAACCCUUU